AUGGCGCUAACAUUUGACCUCUCGGGAUUCUCCAACAGAUUGCACUUUUAUCUUAACGGCACGGAGAUUAUCCUUGAGAAUCCUGACCCAAACACGACUCUGCUGCAAUAUGUCCGCUCAGUCGGUCUCACGGGGACGAAACUCGGCUGCGCCGAGGGUGGAUGUGGCGCCUGCACCGUCAUGGUGUCUACGUACGACAAGGCGACCAAGCAUAUCCGGCACAUGAACGUCAACGGCUGUUUGACGCCGCUCUGCUCCAUCGAUGGCAAGCACGUCGUCACGAUUGAAGGCCUUGGCAGUUCUAAGGAUCCGCAUCCUGUCCAAGAGCGCAUUGCGCUUUGUUUCGGAUCUCAGUGUGGCUUCUGCACGCCAGGAAUCGCCAUGUCCUUAUAUGCUCUCUUGCGCAACAAUCCCGCACCUACAGAAGAGGAAAUCGAAGAGUCAUUCGACGGCAAUCUGUGCCGCUGCACAGGCUACAGACCAAUCCUUGAUGCUGCAAAGUCCUUUGCAGUUCCAAAACCAGCAGCAAAACUCAAAAAUGGCAUCUACAUGAACGGCACGGCUGUCGACGGGUGCUGCGGUAGCGGUGGCCCCAAUGGCGGCUGCUGUAAAUCCAAUGGAGAGAUUCCGACAGUCCCUCAGGAGAGCUCUGGGCGAUUCCCGUCAGUUCUGUUCAAGAAGUAUGAUCCAACACAAGAGCUCAUCUUCCCUCCACGAUUGAUGAAAAAGCAUGCGGACCCGCUGCACUUCAAGGGCCGCAAGACCGAAUGGUUUCGCCCCACGACGCUCGCUCAUGUUCUCAAGAUCAAGGCGGCCUAUCCGAGCGCAAAGUUUAUCGGCGGCAACACCGAAGUCGCAAUCGAAACAAAGUUCAAGCAGAUGGAGUACAAUCCUCUGGUAUACUUGCACGAUGUCGCAGAGCUGCAGGGAAUCCGCAUCACGUCCGAGAGUAUCACUAUUGGGGCCAAUGUAUCGAUCGCCAAUUUUCAGAAGGCACUGGAGGAGGCCAUCGAGAUCCUCUCUGAGGACCGGACCCAAGUGUCGCGUGCAUUCUUGACCAACAUCAAGUACUUUGCGGGCCAUCAGAUUCGGAACUCUGCAUCGGUCGCAGGCAACGUUGCGACGGCAUCCCCAAUCUCGGACUUGAACCCAGUAUUUAUUGCGGCAGACACGACGUUCAGCAUUCUAUCCUCGGAUCAGUCGGCAGAUUCACAUGCCCGAGCGGUGCCGGCGACAGAAUUCUUUUUGGGGUACCGGAAGACGGCCUUGAAUCCCGAUACCGAUAUCCUGACCGAAAUCCAUAUCCCAUUGACCCACCCUGGAGAGUACAUCCGCGCGUUUAAGCAAGCAAAGCGACGAGACGAUGACAUCGCAAUCGUCACUGCCGCCAUUCGAGUUCAGCUGUCGCCGGUUAAUGAGGUGAAGAAGAUUGUGUUUGGCUAUGGAGGUAUGGCUGCUUUCAUCUGUCAAGCCAAGCAAACGUCAGCGUUUCUCGAGGGGAAGACGUGGGGCGACAAGAGCGUUUUGGACAAGGCACUCGAGUGCCUGGAUGCUGACCUACCCAUGCAGAUGUCCACGCCUGGCGGGAUGCCAGAGUACCGUCGCACGCUUGCAAAGUCGUUCUUUGUACGAUUUUGGUGGGAUGUGAUUGAACAGCAGGGCUUGAGCGUCCAACACGACCAUGGCGAGCUUCGGAUGUUGACAGAAGAUAUCCAUCGGCACGUCUCGUCAGGAACGCAGAGCGAGAAAGGAACUAUCCAGAAUUCGAACACGAAUAUUGUUUCAAAGGAUAUCGUCGCUGUAUCGGCUAUGAAACAGGUUACUGGCGAGGCGAAAUUCACGGAUGAUAUCCCAAAACUGCACAAUGAACUCUAUGGAGCCUUAGUCCUUUCCAGUUACGCCCAUGCCAAGGUCCUGAGCAUCGAUACAAGCGUAGCUCUGGCCUACCCUGGAGUUAGAGGUUACUUUGAUCACACGAGCGUCCCAGGUACCGACGCUUGGGGCGCCAUGGGUCCUGAGGAAACCAUCUUCGUGACUGAUACUGUCAAUUGCAUUGGACAAACAAUCGGCCUCAUCGUGGCUGAUACACAGGCCAUUGCGCAGGAGGCUGCCCGUCUGGUCAAGGUCGAGUACAAGGUUCUUCCUGCGAUUGUCACGAUCGACGAGGCUGUCGCUGCAGAGUCGUAUUUUCCCAUGAAGAGAUCGAUCGUCCAGGGCGACGUCGACGCCGCGUUCAAGGCUUGUGCCAGGGUGUUUGAGGGUGAGACACGAGUCGGUGGACAGGAGCAUUUUUAUCUCGAGACGCAGGCUGUGAUUGCAAACUACAAGGGCGAGGAUGAGAUGGAGAUUUAUAUGUCCACACAGAGCCCGAACGACGUGCAGUUGACGAUUUCCAGACUCUUGGGGCUCAGUGCCAAUAAGGUCAUCUGCAAGGUUAAGCGGCUCGGUGGGGGGUUUGGUGGUAAAGAAACGCGUACGAUUCCUUUGAUGGGCGCGUUGUCCGUGGCUUCGUAUCUCACCAAGAGGCCCGUCCGCUGUAUGCUCGAUCGAAACGAGGACAUGGUGAUUUCAGGUCAGCGCAACCCCUUGAUGGGCAGAUGGAAGGUUGGCAUCGACGAGAACAAUAGGCUGGUUGCCCUGGACGCUCAACUGUACUUGAAUGCGGGUUGCUCUGCGGAUGUGUCUCCAGCGGUGAUGGAACGUGCUAUGUUCCAAAUUGACGGCGUAUACAAGAUCCCGAAUAUCAGAGUCGUCGGACGUUGUUGCCGUACCAACCUUGCUUCCAACACGUCCUUUCGCGGCUUCGGAUCUCCGCAAGGGAACCUGAUUACGGAGUGUUUCAUGUCGCACAUCGCGGAGCAGAUCAACAUACCGGUGGAAACGCUCCGGGAGGCUAAUUUUUACCAGGAGGGCGAUCUGACGCAUUACAACCAGCAGCUAGUGGAUUACCAUGUCCCCAAGGGAUACAUGCAGCUCAGGGCUAGGGCAGACUAUGACUCCCGCCGCAUGAAAGUGGCCGAGUUCAACAAGUUGUCCAAGUGGCGGAAACGUGGUAUCUCGUUCAUCCCGAUCAAGUAUGGCAUCGCAUUCGGGGCUCUGCAUUUGAAUCAAGGAGGCGCUCUUGUUCACAUCUAUCAUGAUGGGUCCGUUUUAUUGUCUCAUGGGGGUGUCGAGAUGGGACAAGGUCUACACACUAAGAUGAUCCAAGUCUGCGCUGAGGAGCUUCAAAUCCCGUUUGAGUUGAUCCACACUGUCGACACCUCGACCGACCGGGUCGCCAACACCUCCUCGACAGCCGCAUCAGUGUCCUCAGACAUCAACGGCAUGGCGGUCCAGGAUGCGUGCAACCAGAUUAAUGAGCGACUGUCGCCUUACCGCGCCAAAGGUCUUGCCUGGCACGAGAUUGUACACCUGGCAUAUUUCGAUCGCGUCAACUUGAGCGCCAAUGGGUUCUACAAGGUUCCAGGUGUCGGCUACAACUGGGAGACGAACUCGGGUCAGUUGAACAGCUACUUCACCUUUGGUGUGGCGAUUUCCGAGGUCGAGGUCGAUAUGCUGACGGGCACACAUACGAUCCUUCGGUCGGACGUGAGCAUGGAUCUUGGCCGGUCGAUCAACCCUGCUAUCGACAUUGGCCAGAUCGAAGGCGCAUUUAUGCAGGGCGUGGGUUUGACGACGACAGAGGAGCCGCUCUGGUUCCCGGAUGGACGGCUGUUCACGCAGGGUCCGGGCAAUUACAAGAUUCCGGGGUUCAGAUGUAUUCCUCAGGAGCUGAACAUCUCGUUCUUUGAGGAUGUUACACACGAGAGUAUCAAGACGAUUUACAAGUCCAAGGGUGUGGGCGAGCCGCCGUUGAUCUUGGGUUGCUCGGUGUACUUUGCAAUCAGGGAUGCGGUGCGGUUUGCCCGGGUGGAGAAUGGACAUACGGGCUCGUUUACGUUGCCGAUCCCGGCUACGGCGGAAAAGAUCCGUAUGGCGGUUGGAGACUCGAUUGCGGAAAGCAGCAGGUUGGUGGUGAAGGAGGGUGAACAACCUUGGGUUGUUCAGAGCUGUUAG